ACAAAAACCUAAUGUCAACGCAAACAAAACUAUGUCAAAAUUAUUUCUAAAUUUCAUGUAAAAACAACAAUAAUUCAUGCAGUAAUUUAUGUACAUAAAUCCAUGAGCACCACUUGUUUCUAGAGUCAGUGAAUUCUCGUCGCGAUGGCCGAAAAGUCAGCGGAGGCGAGCGCCAGUGUGCCGACCACGCCAAGUGAGGGCGGCUCCGGCAACUGGUGGGAUUCCUGGCUGACUUCUGCCAAGACCAAGUCGGCGGAGGUGUACUCCAUGGUGCGCAAGGACCUGGACGAGAUCGGCAGCGCGAUGAAGAGCGAGGCGACCCAUGUCUUUAGCACCACCUCCAACGUCAUCGGGAAGACGUUCAAGCUGGACGUGCCAGAAUCGCCAGCAAAUGUGAUGAAGAAGAGUUUGAGCACUUUCAUAGGUCAAGUGAGCACAGUGCUGAGUCCAGAGCCUGAUGAUGAGGAUGAUACCGAGGUCAUCCUGUCCUCCGGAGACACCACCAUGCUGUCUACUUACAAGAAAGAGCUGGAGGCUCUCCAACGCGUAGACGCGACGUUCAUCGUGCCAGCGGACAGCCCCGAGCUGUCUGCGUGGAAAGCCAGCCUGGAGGCGGCGGAAGGCGUCAUCUCCGCCGCGGCGGCCGCGCGCAGGCUCGACACCAGCGCCCUGUUGCGCGCUCAGUACCACAAGCUGGUGCCCGACGCCGUCACACACGACCAGUUCUGGGAGAGGUACCUCUUCCGCGUGGCACUACUCCAAGACCGCCUCGCGGCGGCGUCUCGCAAGCAGCCGCAAGCGCAGCCGAGCACCGACCCCGUGCUGGCUCACUUGCCGAUGCAGACGGAUACAGUCGCGACCGUCGCACACGCAGCCGAGCCUGUCGAACAGAGUCCCAAAAAGGUGUUAUCGGGUAUAGAAAACGAGACGCCUUACGACAUGGAUAACGUUGCCUGGGAAGAUGAAGACUUCGCCAACGACCUGGAGCUGACAGAAGAACAGCAGAUACUACUUCUAGAGGAAUACGAGAAAGAAAUUGCCACCAAAAAACUGUCCAAGCAAACGUCGUCCAGAGACAUAACAAAUAACAACACAGAAGACAAAGAGACGAAUACCAAAACUGCCAAGCCUGGUGUCAAGGGCACCAGCAAACCCAGUAAUACCAAGCCUAAUACCACGAAAGGCAAUACCACGAAGCCCACUGCCAGCCCCACCAAGACAAAUAAUACAGGUAAUAAAAGUAGAGAUAAGCAGAACAAUAAGGCGUUAAAAAAGUCGCCAAAGAAGACAAAAACCGACGUUUGUGGCAACAACCUCGUUGAAGACUACUUCGGUGAUGGUCAGGUAAAGGACGACGCUAGCGCCAACUCAGACGAGAGCUGGGAGAAAGAGUUCGAGAUUGAGGACGUGGACAAAGCCUGAUUCCGCCCGUAUCACAUAAGGUACAAGCCGUUCUGAGCUGAUUCGUUCGUCAAAAGCUAUAGUACGUGCACUGUGUAUUACUUAUAGUUUUAAGUAUAGGUAGACAUAAAAUUGGAGUUAAAGUAUGAUCUAUGGUUUUUAUGCCUAGCGCAGACUAAGUGAAUGUUCGGUCGCGAACAUAACUUUUAUAUAGAACACCAUCGGGGUUAAAAUGGCCACAUCGAAGCAAUUCAUCUAAGAAAGCAAUAUUGCAAUUUGACAUUUGCGCACAUAAAAGUAACUGCGCAAUGCAAACAAAUGUCAAAUAGCAAUAUUGCUUUCUUAGAUGAAUUGCUUCAAUGUGGCCAUUUUAACACCCCAAGCUGUUACUAAUAUAGUAACAAUAUUAGUAUACGGUCAGUGCCAAUUUAAAAUCUACUAUGUGCAAUCAGGUCAAUUUUACAAAAAUAAAAAAUAAAACUUCCGCCUGAAUUUUUUUUGUAUGACUGUGUUAAAACAUAUCAAAUGAUAAU